AUUGCUAGCGUGUGUCGCGGCUUCGUCAUGGACCUCCUUGCUAAUACCGCGUUCCAGCGUAUGUAUCAAGCAACUGUCCUAGUUCAGCGACAUCUGGCAGCUAUCGCCCUCUGUGCCAACAACUACAAAAGCCAAAAUCCAGCUAAUGCACCGAAAGCCGGGCCUGUAGAAGCUCUACGCGGAUACUAAUAACGUUGGUCACAACUCGAUGCUGCUAGAUGCAAGAUAUUUACAGAGUAGCCCCUAACCCCCUCGCGAAAAGUCAAAAGUUUCUCCAGCGAUAUGCAGAGGUUGUCUUGCCCUCCUGACUGCUGACCAUACCUCAUCAUGGGAAACUAUAGUCCUAUCAAUAUUCAAUUCAAUCUAGUCAGCUUGGGGGGGGGGGGGUAUCAUUUUUCCAGCUGCACGACAACCUAGUUUAUAUAAGUCAUUCAGUAUUGCGGGAGUGAGACUAGAAUACAAACAUACAGACACUUCAUUCGAGUUCGCCUUUUUUUUUUUUUUUUGCUGGGGAUGAUGAUAGUCAACUCCAUCUCGCUUCAAACUUUUCUUCAACAUCAAACUAUUCAUUCUGAAGUUUCAUUCUCGACAAUCGCCGCGCCACUUUCAGUAGUCUUCGCACCUAACAAAGCUCAAACUUCCCAC